ACAAGCCGGACCAAUCCUUAUCGCACAUCGCACCACCAGGUAACAUCAUGUUUUGUCUGACUUUCUUGCUAAUAUUUGGCACAGCCACUGCUUUGAAACUCCCAGAGAGAGGACAACUUGACUUGGAGGACUCUGACAUACGCAAUCUCUACAACGAGUACAUUCAGGAACACGGGAAAGUAAGAAAUCCCGAAGAGUACCCGAAGCGGCUAGAGAUUUUUAAGAAAAGCUUAGAACACAUCAAAGAACGCAACGCUAAAUAUCCACAAGUCGAGUAUGGACUCGACCGUUUCUCGGAUCUUACGGCCGAGGAGAAGCAGCGUUACUUCGGCUCGUUACCCUUUGACGAGACACUGGAAGGGCUGAUGACCACACUGGAGUACCCUCCCGAAGCCAUCACGGCUCCUGACGAGUGGGACUGGCGGUUACACAACGCAGUCACUGAAGUAAAGGAUCAAUUAACUUGCGGUAGCUGCUGGGUUUUUAGUGCGAUUGGCAACAUUGAAGGGCAAUAUGCAAUAAAAUACAAGGAGUUGUUAUCUUUUUCGGAGCAACAGAGUGUGGACUGCGUCAAGCCGCUCGUAUUGAACACCAACUGCGCCGGAGGGUGGCCUCACCGCAGCAUGAUGCACUACCAGUUUACUAACUUUUUGGAUAAAUCAACCUACACGGUAAGGUUGGAGGACGAUUAUCCGUAUAUUGGUAAUGCGGAAUAUUGCAAAGAAAGGGAGGCAAGAAUGCAAUAUACAGGAAUAGUCGUUACUUCGGUCAAAGUCAUUCAAACGGACGAAGAGUCAUUGAAACAACUAUUGUACGAAACUGGGCCUUUGACAACCGUUCUCGAUAUGAUCGACUUGGAGGGCUACCAGAAAGGCAUCGUUCACCCACACAAGUGUUCUAACAUCAGCUUGAACCACGCCGUGCUGUUAGUUGGAUACGGUAUAGAAAACGGUACCAAGUAUUGGCUUGUCAAGAACUCCUUUGGCCCUUAUUGGGGAGAACAUGGCUACUUCCGCAUUCUACGAGGUGUGGGAGCGUGUGGCAUAGGCGUACGUUACACUGCUACCACCACUGUGGUUCAAAAUAAAAAACCGUACAUCACACCGCACUCCACGCAUACGCACACUAUGUAUCUCCUGAUUUCUUUGUUGGCGGUCACCGCCGCCUCUGCGCAGUCGCCACCUAAACCAUAUUACAACAUUGGCGAUGCUCACAACCUGUACCAAGAAUAUGUACAGAAACACGACAAAAUAUACAAUCCCGAAGAAUACUUGAAGCGUCUUGAAAUUUUUAAGCAAAAUCUAAAGCGCAUCAAUGAACGCAAAGCAAGAAAUCCACAAAACGAAGUCGGAAUCAACCGUUUCACAGAUUUGACUACAGAAGAAAGACGCCAAUAUCUGGGUUUCAAGCGCUUUGAUGCCGCGAGUGAUGGUCGCUCUAUUAGGCUGGAGUAUCCCGCUGAGGCGAUCACGGCGCCCGACCAGUUCGACUGGCGCGACCAUGACGCGGUCACGCACGUGAAAGACCAGGGCCGUUGCCAGAGUAGCUACGUGUUUAGUGCCAUUGGAAACAUUGAGGGGCAGUACGCGAUUAAGCACAAGAAGCUGAUCUCUCUUUCUGAGCAAAUGGCAAUAGAUUGCAUGCCUCCAUCUACGCUACAACCCAGCAAGUGCAUGGAAGGCUGGCCUGAUGAUGUUAUGGUUUAUUAUCUUAUGAUUGCACCUCUAUGGGGUGUAGCAUCUGAAAAAGAAUAUCCUUAUACUGGCGGAGAACACCGGAAUAAUUGUCCAAAUCACACGAAUCGAACUGUUUCAACUGUGACUAACAUAACCGCAUUCCAAAUUGUUAUCCCGAAAGACGAAGAAACCUUAAAGCAAUUAUUGUACAAAACAGGACCUUUGGCAGUGGCUUUUGAUUCUUCCGAGUUGUUUGAAUACACAAAAGGCAUCUACAACCCCGGUGAAUUCGACUGCCUCUACGAGCCUGAUCAUACCGCUCUAUUAGUUGGCUAUGGAAUAGAGGACGGCACUAAGUACUGGAUUCUGAAGAAUUCGUGGGGGACAGAGUGGGGAGAAAAGGGCUAUUUCCGUCUGGCUCGCGGUAAAAAGGCCUGCCGCAUGGGCAUGACUUACACGGCCACGUGUACUGUCUCUUAA